AUGGCUAAGGUCCGCCGCGCUUUGAACAUCCCCCAAAAGUUCUGUGAGUGGCGUUGGCUGUUGAGCGAGUAUCAGGAUGAGGACGGUGGUCUGCCCCCAGCCGAGGAUGUCGAAAGAUGGAAGCAGAAUGGUCCGGACCCUGAUGAUCUGUCUGCUGAACAAGAGGCAUGCUCUGCUGAACCCCCAUCAAAAAGGAAGGCUGAAGUCAAGUCUCCGAGAACUCAAGCUACCUCUUCACGGGCGAGGAACGUGUCUCCAUUGAGGAAGAAGCCAAAGCUCCCUUCUGCUGAGAAGACCCAAGUAGGAGUUGUUCCCGCCUCAUCUGCCAGGGUCAAGCAUCUUGUUGGUGCAGACAGCAAGAAGAUUGGCGGUAUGCGCAACAUAAGGGAUGCUCCCCUUAAGCCUAUUGCUGACGAGUUUGGAGAUCCUGAUCUGCUCCGUGAAGUGGUCCGUGCGCGAUCUAGCUCACCUGUUGAAAGACAAAGAGAUGCGGAUGUUCCUCCCCGAAGUUCGGGUCGUUUGCACCAGUCGAAGAGUGGAGGUCGAUGUGGGAGGUCUGCUCAUUCAUCCAACCGUCAUGAUCCAACUGUUGAGUCACGAGCAAUCAAGCGUGGAGUUGAUUCGACGUCGCAAAUUCCUUUGGAAGUGAGGUUGGAGGAGGCUAGGAAAGUAAGAGAGUUAUCUGCCCGAACGAAAGGUCCUUCUGCAACGUCAGCAGCUGAUCCAAAGGUGGACAAAUCUAGCCCUGCAGGGGAUGCAGGCGUGUCUGAUUUGCUAAAGACGCAAUUUCUAUCAAGUCCAUCCUCUUGUGCUGAGCUGGUUGACCAAAUCCGUUAG